AAAAUAAAAAAUUUGGAAAUUGAAAACCAGGGAGCAGGGAUGCAGAGUCCGACACUGUAACCGGCAGAGAUGCCAUCGGACGGCUGAGAGGGAGAGCGGCGGGAAUGGAAGGCUGAGAUGAACCCGGGAAAAGCGCGUCAAAAAAUCCGUGUGAUUUAUUGAAAGAGACGUGGAGGAGAAAAGAGCAGAUGUGUGUAUAAGUGAAAAAUGAAUCUGAAAAAAAAUUGAUCGAAAAAAUAUCUGACAACAUUAAACAGUGGCUCAAACACACGCGGUCAGUUGCCCGAAAUCUCGGCGGGCAGGUCCAGACUCCGAGGCCACUCUCAUUACUUAGAUUGCAUUGGCCUUCAACUCAGCCGCGCCACCAGCAUCAGCCCCACCCGCCCAUGACCUCCGUGGACGGUGGCGCGUGACGACGGGCGCGGGCGGCCUGGGGACUUAUAUGCUGAAGGGGAAGAUAGGAGGAGAUGGGUCAGGGAUUGAGUUGUGGUGAAGGCGCUGAUUACAGGUUUUUGGGUGCCGUUGAGGAUGGGGACGUGGAUUUGGUGGAAGCUAUGCUGGAGGAGGAACCUAGUCUUUUGGAACAGAGGGGUGGCAAUGGGAGGCUCCCUGCGCUUCAUUUGGCAGCUGCCAAAGGUCGGAUCGAGGUGCUUUCUUUGAUUUUGGCUCGGUCUGUCAAUCCGGAUGUCUUGAAUGGGCAGAAACAGACGCCUCUUAUGUUGGCUGCAAUGCAUGGAAAGAUAUAUUGCGUGCAAAAGCUUCUUGAAGCAGGAGCGAAUAUUUUGAUGUUUGAUUCUCGUCAUGGAAGAACCUGCUUGCAUUAUGCUGCUUACUAUGGCCAUUCUGAUUGCCUCCAAGCUAUUCUUUCUGCUGCCCAUUCCACCCCUAUUGCAGUUUCUUGGGGAUUUUCAAGAUUUGUGAAUAUAAGAGAUGGAAAGGGAGCAACUCCGUUACAUUUAGCAGCCCGCCAAAGGAGGUCUGAUUGUGUUCAUAUCCUCCUAAGCCGUGGCGCAUUAGUCUGUGCUUCAACCAGUGGAUACUGCUACCCGGGAAGUACACCCCUUCAUUUGGCAGCUCGUGGAGGGUCCUUAGAUACUGUUCGGGAAUUGCUUGCAUGGGGAGCAGAUCGACUUCACCGAGAUUCAUCUGGGAGAAUACCAUAUACAGUUGCCAUGAAACACAAGCAUGGAGCAUGUGCAGCCUUGCUGAACCCUUCAGCAGCAGGGCCCCUUGUCUGGCCAUCACCUUUGAAGUUCAUCAGCACACUUAACCCAGAGGCAAAAGCCCUGUUAGAGAGGGCCCUAAUAGAGGCAAACAAGGAGAGGGAGAAGGCCAUAUUGAAGGGAACAAUCUACUAUCUUCCAUCCCCUUUGCAUUCUGAUGGUGGGCUUGAUGAUGAUGCCUCUGAGGCCAGCGAAGCCGAGCUAUGCUGCAUAUGCUUUGACCAAGUCUGUACGAUUGAAGUCCAAGAAUGUGGUCACCAGAUGUGUGCCCAUUGCACCCUGGCGCUAUGUUGCCACAACAAGCCCAAUCCUACAACGGCCUGUCAUACAGUUCCAGUUUGUUGCCCCUUCUGCCGAAGUGUCAUUACCAGAUUAGUUGUGGCCCAGAUCAAGACCAACGAUGACACAGAAUUGGAAAUUAGUCCCACAAAGCCAAGAAAAUCGAGAGAAGGUCGAAAUUUCAGCGAAGGAAGCAGCAGCUUCAAGAGUUUAUCUGCAAUGGGCUCAUUUGGGAAGAUGGGUGGGCGCAAUCCAAGAAAGGUUGCCACCGAAUGCAGCGAGGAAGUUGAUAAGCCUUGAUCAGUUCACUUCCAAGCCUGGACCUCAUUAGGUGUGUAGCUCGAGCUCCAGUUUCUUCUAUACAAAUUUUGAUAAUAAUUAAGGUCAUUGAGAAGUAUAAGAGCUCAAGCAAGAUGUAUUUUUUGUAAUGGGUUUGGUUUUGUUGGAUCUUCUUGUAAUACCCUGCUCCACUCUAGUUUACAGAUGCAGCAAUGCCUUCAAUGUUUGGUUGUGUAAUACCACAUGUUUUGAUUAUAAGAAAAGGCCAAGAUUCUUAAA